GGGCUGACAGGGCCCGCCCCCGGCGGCGGCUUCUCCCCGGCCAAGUUGGGACGAAGCGACCCGCUCGGUCCUCCGAAGCUCCAGCAGCGCCGUCGUGGGUUCCCUCCGCUUGCCGCGCCAGCCAGCCAUGCACCGCAUCGGGCAGGAAGAGGUGGAGCUGGAGAAAAGCGUCCGCCGACUGCGGGAGAAGUUUUACGGGAAGGUGACCAUCGAAGAUGCGGUGGGCCUGAUGCGGAAGUUCAGUAACAAUCAUGACUUGGCUUGCAAGCGCAUCAUUCUUUGCAAGAAUCAGAUGGACGAUACGGAUACGGAAGAUGAGGGCGACCUGGCAGACGAUCCAGUGGCUUUGAAAGUGAUAGACAAGCUGAAGAAAGAAGAGGAGGAGAAGAAGAAACAGAACGACCCUAACAAUUACCAUAAAAUCCAGGAAGUCGCUCAGCAGAUGAAAAGGCUGCCUCUGACGGAGAAGAACUUGCGCAUGUUCAACAACGCCCAAAACAACCUCAUCCCUCCGUCGGACUGCCAGUUUUCUUGCCAGUCCUGUGAUAGUAUGUGGUGGCGCCGCGUCCCAAAGCGCAAACAGGUUUCCCGUUGCCGCCUGUGCGGGACCCGCUAUGACCCGGUGCCAGCCGACAGGAUGUGGGGCACUGCCGAAUUCCACUGCUCUAACUGUGGACGGCCCUUCAGUGGCUUGGCUCAGAUGGGGAUCCCGUCUCCCUGUUUCAUUUGUCGUUCCCCCGUGUACCCGAGCCACAUCGUUCCCCCUCGGAAGGCCCAGGGACCUCGGACGAGGCAGCCGCAUUCCUGCUUUGCAGAGGACUGUUACAACCGCAGAGAGCCCCACGUUCCAGGAACCCACUGUGUGCACCCUCGAAGCCGAGUGCGGAGCGGCUUGCCCAAAGUCAUCCACCCCUGUCAAGAGCACGCGAGCACCGGCUCCACCGUGGCCACCUGUUUGAGCCAGGGCAGCCUGGCCCAGUUUGACAUCGACCAGCUCAUUUUGGAAGACCUGCAGGAGCUGGAGAAAGAGGAAGAUGGGGGAAGCAGCAAUUAACCCCUGCGAGUGAGUGACGGAGGGGCGCGCCAGGUUACAGCCCCGUAGCAGCAGCUGCGGCAGGAGAGAGUCUGUUUGCCCUUUGCCAAGCCGCAGUUGUCGUACUGGGCACGGAUCCUCCUCCGUUGCCCCUUUCCUGUGGACCAUUCCUGGGCUUUACACUGGCUUUACACUGUACUCUUUCCUCCCACCCUGGCUAGAUUUUGCUUUUGUGGUCUAGCGUUGAUUUCUGCGCCAGGGAACACGUCUCUCGACCUCAUUCUGCGCCGUCCUCCAAAAUCACUUCUGGCUCACCGCUGCCACCUCUUGGGACCAAAGAUUUGAAGUAGGGGAGCUGAAGGACCAGUUAUCUGUGUCACAGCCCCAGGGCCGGAUUAACUAUAAGGCUGAGUAGGCACUGGCCUAUGGGAAAGGGCUGCCAUUCCCCAAGGGGGCUACGCUAUGCUGCCCAAAAGCAACUGUGUUAAAAAGAAAUCACUUACUAGAAUGAAUGAAUGAACGAACGAACGAACUUUUUAUUACGGUCAUAGACCAAUAUAAAAACUAUAACACAUCCUGUAAAAACCCUCCUAAACUACAUAAAAUACAAUAAAACACAUAAAACUUUUCCGCACCUAUACAGGUCGGGGAUAACUAAAAUAUAAUUUAACCAAUCUUAAAAUCCAGAAUCAGUUCAAAUGAAUAUAAAAUCCUUUAAAUCAGAAUAUAGAAAA